UUCAACACACGACAACAGUCCAGGACGUGCAAAAUGAAGAACAUCUUCCUGCUCAUCAUCCUGAUUUCAGGUUGCAAGGAUUCAUUUGGAAAAAAACGAUGCCUGAAAGAUGUGACUGAAUUUACAUGCAGUAAAAAUGUGAAAAUAUUUACUUCCACAAUUAACUCAGAGCAAAACAAUCAUAUUGAUGUAUGCAAAGAAAGAUUUAACUCCCUCCUGUUCCAUUACAAAAGCAACAGCGUCAGUUUGACUGUAAUGUCAAAACAACACAUCGGUGAAAUUUUAGAAGUAAAAGCAGACAGCUGUAGCUCAUCAACAGCUAAAAAGCACACAAUAUGUAAUUAUCCAGGUCGAAACCAGCCAAAAAUCCAGUUUAGGUGCAAGUCCAAGGAUUUUGUCUGUGAAGAAUUAUCCCCACAAUCAUAUCAAGUUUCAAAUGGUGAAUUUACAGAAUUAAUCCAUGAAGGGCUCCCACACAAAUAUUUUUAUUCAUGUAAAAUGGAGAGGAGAAAAGCAGAAAAUCUUUAUGAUGGAUUCAUUCUAACAAUUACUGAUAUUGUAACUUUCACAAAAUCACCAAUUAUUGGAGAGAACCUCGACUACUUUUGCAAAUAUGAUGACAAAGACCAAAACCUUGGUAAAUUUGUCUGUAAGGGAGAGGAUCCGACCAAUUGUGAUGUUGUCAUACACACCAAAAUUGCAGAUAAAAAAUCCAGGUUUACAAUAGAGAAUAAUAAGAAAGGUAAUAUCACUAUAACAAUGAAAGACUUAAGAGCCAUCGACUCUGGUACAUACUGGUGUGGAGCAAAUACGUCCAACCGCCAAAUAUUCAUAAGCCGACUCUUCUUGAAUGUAGUCACAACACCCACAUCUCCUCCUACUUCAUCUACGUCUUCAGGUACUUCUGGUGGCUUGAGUUCAGAGGCGAAAACAUCAAUCAUCAUGACAGCAGUUGGAGGGACGCUGAUUAUUUUGCUGAUAGUUACGUUUUCUCUGUACAAACGAUGUCUUUGUUCAGAUAAAGCAGAAAACAGAUCUGGAGAACAACAUCCCACAGAGGACUGCAUAUAUGAAGAGAUACCAGAUGGCCUGGAGACAAAAGUGGGCACCGUUUAUGCCACAGUCAACUUUUCACCUAACGACCCAGCUUCAUUGCAUUAUUGUACUAUCAAUUUUCAAAGCGGUUCCACCAAAACCGCUGAUGGAGAAGCUCAGAUCAUGGAACCCUCCUCAUCCUCUUGUCAGUAUUCUGCCAUAAAGUUGAGCCAAAACUCAGCUUCCCUCAGUGGUCCACCAACCAAAUGUACAGGCGAACCGCUUUACUCAGCAGUCAAGAAGUAACAAUAGAAAAUGAACGAAAAAAAAACAAAGAUGUAAAAGAUUGGAGGACAUAAGUUUUAUUUCAUCAGGGCAAACAUUGUAAAUACUUUCAAGCUGUAAUCAGUUGAUGUUUUAAAAUAUGAUACAUGACAUCUGACUUGUAGUGCAAUGAUGGAGAUCAGUAUUAAAGUUUGGUUUCUCUGUUCUC